AUGAAAUAAAAUUAUUAUAGAUAAUAAAGAGGAUCAGCUGCUACAACUUCUAAUGUUGUCCCUCCACUUUAAAUUAAAAGACAAUCAAGCACUAAUAAAAUUUCCGCAUAACCUUCUAUUGGUAGUCAUCUAAGAUAGAUUCUUAAAUAAUAAUUUAUUCCCACUUCCUCCACUAAUAACAUUCAAAAUGAAAUCAUAAGAACACAAGACACAUAAUUAUAAGAAGUCCCCUUUGAAUUGCAAGAUAUUAAAAUGUAUUAAAUUUUAAACGUACUUGGACAUGGGGCAACUGCUGAAGUAAAAAUGGCAAGGCACAAAAUGUUAGACAUUGUUGUUGCUAUUAAGGUAUAUGGAAACAAUGCCAAUAUUCAGUUACUAGAAUAAGAAGUACUUAUUUUAUAAUUACUAUCACAUCCGAAUAUAAUAAAGUUGUAUUACAAAUUAGAAUCUCAAUAGAGUAUCUAUUUAAUACAGGAAUAUUUUUCACCGAUGACUCUAGACAAUUAUAUGAAAGGUAGAACUAUAAAAAGGUUAAGUGAAGAUCAAGUUAAAAUCAUUGGGAAGCAAUUAACUAAUGCAAUAGCAUAUUUACACAGUUUAUAAAUUAUACAUAGAGAUCUAAAAUUAGAAAAUAUUUUAAUAGAUCCAUAGACAAUGAAAAUUAAAUUAAUUGAUUUUGGAUACUCAAUUUAGACUGAUAAGGAAUUGUCUGUUUAAUGUGGAACUCAUUAAUACAUGGCUCCUGAAUUAAUAAAAAAACAAAAUUAUGAUAAUAAAGUUGAUAUUUGGGCAUGUGGAGUUAUUCUAUUUAGAUUAUUAACUGGAUUAUUUCCUUUUAAGGGGAAUAAUGAAGGUGAAUUAAAUAAAAAGAUAAUCGCUGGUAAAUUGGAAUUUCCAUCUUUUAUGAAUGGAAGUUCAAAAGCACUACUUCAAGGAAUGCUUAAUGUAAAUAGCUAAUUAAGGACAUUAGUAGGUUCAGAUUUUCUUUGA